GUGUUACCUUCCUGACUGAGCAAGUUCCAAAGUUCACCGAUGCCGUGACUUUAGCAUUUAUCGAAAGUUUUGUAGUGUAGUUUUACGUGCCCUUUGUCUACCUGUGACGAUGUGAUAUUUGCACGGUGGGUGGAGCACUGUCUGGUGUCACGGACAGGAAGAAUUUUCAACCAGAAAACCUCCUUGUUGAGAGCUUGCACCCAACAACGACAGUAUGGAGAUCGACCAAUCGGUGUUGGAGCAGCUGCCGUUGGAGCAGCGUCGGCGCCUGGUGCGGCGGAUACGACAGGACCAGAUCCGGGCAUACCUGGAGUGGGAGAAGUCAGGCGGAGCUAAGACCACGGCUCGCAGACAGAGGAGAGAGAACAGGAGGAGAACACAGGUGGAGUUUGGGAAGGAAACAGUCUUACAGGAAGCAGUGGCCAGGUUUGAUGAUAUUGAAGUUCUAAAGCUACUGGACAGUGGUGUGGACCCUAACACAGCGGGGUCAACUGGGGUCACCUUACUUCAUCAGUGCUGUAAGGACAACAACGUAUCGACUGCUGAGAUCCUGGUACAGAAAGGUGCAGGUGUCAACACACUGGACAAUGACCUCUGGACACCGCUGCACAUGGCCUGUGCCUACGACUGUCCUGAAAUCGUCCAUCUUUUACUCAUGCACGGUGCUGACUCGUCAGUGAUGGACAUAGACGGUAACUUUGCCCUGGACCACGCCCCUGUAGGGUCAGAGGUCAGGCAGAUCCUACACAACCACAUGCAACAGAAAGGCCUGUCAGAGUCAGCCCUGAGUCAGAUCAGACAGCGCAGCAUGCAGGCCAUGCUCACAGACGUACAGGGGCUCAUCAAACAACGGGAGCAGCUCGAUGUACCCAACGGCUUCGGAGCUACUCUGCUGCACAUAGCCAGUGCCAAUGGUUACAGUGAUGUGGUGAAGGUCCUGCUGGAGAACGGCUGUAGAGUGGACACUGUGGACGAGGACGGGUGGACGGCACUGCACGCCGCGGCCAGAUACGGACAUCUUAAAGUGGUGAAACAGCUGCUGAAGGCUGAUGCUAACCCUCACACACAGACUUACAACGGUGCUAAACCUGCCGAUCUAGCAGCCACUGAGAGAAUCGAGGAGGUUCUAAGAAAGGCAGAGCAGGAUUUUAAGGAGUCUCCCACUGAGCAGGACAUUGUAGCCAAGGCCUUCGAGUUUCUGGAUGAAGUCAAGAGCUUCGAGCAGCUGAGGAAAGAAAAAGAAGACAUCAGCGGACCUCUAGUCAGAAUCAACAGCAAGAUUAUUCGUCCCAGACACCUGUCAAUCUCCAAGGAGGACAAGUUAGGGGAGGCCCAGACUCUACUGCAGGGGCUGCAGCUGACAAAGGGGGAGGGGGGCAGUCCUGUACAGGGGGACCAGGCUGUCAGGAGGAACAUCACGUUUGACAAGGCCAUCCUGCCCUUGGUGAGUCCCACAGACGACCUGGCCACCCUGCCUGAUCUAACAGAAGACAUUCUGCUGAAGGAGAUGCACAAGAGAUACAAACGACAGCAGAUUUAUACAUAUAUCGGAGACAUCCUUGUUGCAAUAAACCCUUUUAAAGAGUUGCAGAUCUAUUCUUUGCCAGCUUCAACCUUGUACAAAAACAUUGUUGCAAGAAACAGCCUGCCCCCUCACAUAUACGGAACAGCAGAUGCCAUUUACCACAGUCUGGUUAAUAAAAGUAUGGAGAAACUCCCACAAUGCUGUGUGAUCAGUGGAGAGAGUGGUGCUGGGAAGACGGAGUCAGCCAAGUACAUGGUGAACCAGUUCCUACGGCUGGCAGACUGUGAGGAGGGCAGACUCAACCAGAAAAUAGAAGAGGCCAACCCUUUGCUGGAGGCUUUUGGGAAUGCCCAAACCACCAUGAACGACAACUCCAGCCGCUUUGCCAAGUACCUGGAGCUCAUCUUCAGUAGGGAGGGCAGAGUACUGGGAGCUGGGAUUUCCCACUAUCUGUUGGAGAAGUCCCGUGUGGUGUACCAGAACCCUGGAGAGAAGAACUUCCACAUCUUCUACCUGAUGUUCGCUGGACUGUCUCCAGAUGAGUACAACUUGUAUGGGCUGCAGGGCCCGCAGUACCACAGAUACUUGAACAGAAGUGGGUUUGACCUUCGGACCAUGAUGACCCAGAGUGCCAAGGACAGAAUGGACAAGUUCAGACAAAGUCUGCAGACAGUCGGCUUCAACAAAGAUGAUGAGGACAACUUACUGACCUGUCUGUCUGCUGUCCUGCACAUCGGAGACAUCCAGUUUAUCCCCUCUGCUAACAAUGAUGUCGCUCAGAUCAUCAACAUGGAGGUCCUCAACAAGGUUUCGGAGAUGAUCCAAGUGCCUUCAGAAGAACUGGACUCUGCCCUCACAUCAGAGAUCACAGUUACCAGAGGCGAGGCUAUCAGACGUCAGAGGGACGUGUACCAUGCAGGAGACUGCAGAGAUGCCCUGGCCAAAGCCUUGUAUGCCAGGCUAUUUGGCUGGGUGGUCAAUGGUAUCAACCACCUACUGCAACCUCUGGAAGAUAGCCCUGAAGACACCCUGGAGGUUGGGGUUCUGGACAUCUUUGGCUUUGAGGAUUUCUCCAGGAACAGUUUUGAACAGCUGUGCAUCAACUUAGCCAACGAACAACUCCAGAACUUCUUCAACAAACAUGUCUUUCAACAGGAGCAGGAAGCGUACCAGACAGAAGGGGUUACUAUGGAGUUGGUACGCUUUGCAGACAACCAACCAACCGUGGACCUCUUUCUGCAGAAGCCAACAGGUAUCCUGUCAGUGUUAGAUGAGGAGAGCCACUUCCCCAAGGCUACUGACUUCUCCCUGGCCACCAAACUGCACCGCACGGCAGGACAGACGGCACCACACAUCUACAUCGUCCCCAGGGACGCAGGGGCCAGCUUCUCCAUCACUCACUAUGCUGGCAGGGUGACCUAUGACGUGAAUGGUUUCUUGGAAAAGAACAGAGACACCCUUCCCAAUUCUGUUCUCUUGGUUCUAAAGACGAGCAGCAGCCUGUUGGUCCGUGAGAUGUUCCAGAGUCGUAUGACGAGGACCGGUUCCCUCGCGCCCAGCGCGCGCCAGCUGCAGUCCAGGCGAGUCAUCAAGCCCAAUCAGACACCCUUCUCCUUUUUCAGGAAAAGGAGCUCUGUGCACCAGUCAAAGAUGCACCGUCCAGUGUCUGCAGCCCUGAGCAGUGAAAGAAAGGGGCCAGCCACGGUAGCCUUUCACUUCAAGAACUCCUUAUCAGAGUUGAUAGCCAAGAUGUCGUCAGCCAGGCCCCACUUUGUGCGCUGUAUCAAGCCUAACACAGGCAAGCAGCCUGACAGUCUGGACCCAGGCUAUGUCCUCACUCAGCUCAGAUACACAGGAGUCUUGGAGACUGUGCGUAUCAGAAAGCUGGGAUUUCCUGUCAGACUUCCUUUUCAGGACUUUCUUGACAGGUAUCCUGCCCUGACCAUGUGUGCAGUGGCACCUGACAGUGAGGACACAGCUGUCAGCAGGUGUAAACAGGUGCUGAAGUACUGCAAGCUCCAGCAGUAUCAGCUGGGUCGUACCAAGGUGUUUCUGAGGUAUUGGCACCCUGAGCAGCUGGCAUCUAUCACUGCUAACCUUCAGGAGAAGGUGGUCAUCUGUCAGAAAGUUGGACGGGGUUAUCUUGCCAGAAGAGACUACAGAUCACUACAGAGCACCAAACAGACCCAGCAGAAAUACGUAUCCAAGUUCCUCCAGUCUGUUGAGGACUAUGGUUCACAGGUGCACAACGACAUUGCUCGGCUCUGUUCCAUCGACUCUCUACGCAGCAGUGCCCGUCAGAGUGUCGUCGCCCGUAAUUCAGGAAACCCAACCUCCCUUGCCCCAAAUGUCGACAAUACCAAACUGCCAGACCCAGAUAUUAUCAAAGAAGGGUCCAUACGGGCCAUGUACCCCCCUCCCACACCCAGGAUUGCGUUGGCAAUGUUGUCGUCACUCCUGCCCUCCUCUCCCCCACCCCCCCAGAAGGGGAAGUCCAGAGAACCCGCCGAUUUCCCACCCCCUCCUCCAGCCUCCGAUAGCGAUGACACAGUUGAGGAUGACUACAUGCCUCCCCCACCUCCAGUGGAUUCCAUGGACUUGGUAGAUUCCAUGGACUUGCCUCCUCCACCAGAGGAAUUCUUAGAUGCAGAGAAUUCCCUUCCAGAGCCACCGGAAGACGUGUUUAUCGCACCAUCAGAUACAACGACACAACCAAACCAGAAAACAGCUAGCAAGACACAGCAAGGACAGAGGAACUGGAAAGAGCAGUGGCAUCAACAUGUCCAGCACAUCCACCAACAGCACUCACACCAGAGGCUAUCUACAGUCCCUCAGGCUUCAACAAUCAACAAAGAAAACAACUCUGCAAGGACUAGAAACGUGACCAGACCAUCGAGUAAGCCUCCUGCACCACCCAAGAGGAGUCCUGAAACUCGCCUCAGCACUUACUUAGCCGAUGUGGAUACACCUCUUUCGUCAAGCUCUACAAGUCAGCAUGCAUUAGAAACUAAAUCCAGGAGCUCCUCCAGUGACUCCCAACCUCCAUACACCAUUCCUUCUGAAGAGGUUCGGACUCCUACUGAGGUUCAAAAGCCUAGAGUGGUGAGCAAGCCACCUGAUGUUGUCCCUGUUGAACAGAACAUCCCUCCACCACCAAAGGAGCCAGCCCCCCUUCCCCCUCCUGUGCCUGACAAGAAAAAGUGGCGCAUGACCGACAUUCCAAGAACAAGGAAUCCUCCUCAUGUCUUCCCUCUCAGAAGUGCACAGUCGGCUUCGGAGUUGUCGAAUCUACCUUCCCCUCCCCCUGGGGGUGCCUCCCCCACCACCAGGCCCUGCGCCGCACGUACCUGACAAAGUAGGAAAACUAGCCGACCUGUGUCCCUUGUCAUUGUCAGAA